AUGGCGCCCCCGGAUGAAUCACCGCCCAUAGACGCCAGCACCCCGCUGCUCCCCUCCUCCCCCUCCACCCCGUCAUACCACCAACAACCACCACCCAACCACCCAUCAUCAUCAUCAUCAACAACUCAAAAUGUCCAACCCCCCCCCUCCAAACGCCCCCCCAUCGAAGGCUCCCCCUUCACCCUCCGCGGCAUCCUCGUCGGCCUAGCUGUCGGCCUAAUCAUCUGCUUCUCCAACAUGUACUUCGGCCUACAAACCGGCUGGGUCAGCAUCAUGAGCAUGCCCUCCUCCCUCAUGGGCUUCGGUCUCUUCCGCCUACUGCGCUCCCACCUGGGCGAACUGCCCUUUUCCCCCGUGGAAAAUGUGCUCGUCCAAACCGUCGCGAGCAGCAUGGCGAUCAUGCCGUUGGGGUGUGGAUUUGUGGGGGUGUUGCCGGCGAUGAAUUAUUUGCUGACGGAGGAGGAGCAAGGGCCCGUGGUACUGGGGUUGGGGAAGUUGGUGGUGUGGAGUUUGGGGUUGUGUUGUUUUGGAGUGGUGUUUGCGGUGCCGUUGAGGAGACAGGUGAUUAUUAGGGAGAGGUUGAAGUUUCCGAGUGGGUUUAGUACGGCGGUGUUGAUUAGUGUGUUGCAUGGGAAGGGGAAGGGGGAAGGGGAGAUGGGGGAUACGUCGGAGGGGUUUGCGAGUUUGGCCGCGAAGGGGGAGGAGGUUCAGGUUCAGGGUGACGAGAAUGGAGAUCACGGGGGGGAGGAGGAGGAGGGCACGAAACAGGGCGAGUCGUGGCGGCGGAAUGUGCGGCUGCUGCUGGUUUGCUUUCUCGUUUCGGGCGUGUCCACCCUGGCGACCUACUUCGUGCCUGUCCUGCGCAAUCUCCCGAUCUUUGGCUCGGCCGCGGCGUCGACCUGGCUUUGGACUCUCAACCCUAGUCUGGCGUACGUCGGACAGGGCAUCAUCAUGGGCCCGGCUACGACACUGCACAUGCUGCUGGGCGCUGUGGUCGGGUGGGGGAUUCUCUCGCCGCUGGCUAAGCAUAAGGGGUGGGCGCCGGCGCCGGUGGGCGACUGGGAGCAUGGGAGCAAGGGGUGGAUUGUGUGGAUCUCGUUGGCUAUCAUGCUGGCUGAUGCCGUGGUCAGCUUGGGCUAUCUGGCCUACCGCUCGGGCAAGCAGUAUCUCCCGGCGCUUCGACAGUCCGCUCCAGUCAAAAUCCUGUUUGGACGCCGGCCGCGUGAGGGUUACUCAGCCACUAACACCGACGAUGACAACGACGACAACAACAACAACAACAACAACAACAACACGGCGCUAUCAUCUGGUCCCACUCCAGAAACCGAAGACCACGACGACGAGGACGCACCACCAGAGCAACAAGUCAGCGACCGACUAGUGGCCAUCGGCCUCGCGGCAUCCAUCAUCUUCUGCGUCGUCUGCAUCCACAUCGUCUUCGGCGACCUCGUCCCCCUCUACGCAACCAUCACAGCCGUGUUCAUGGCCCUCGUCCUCAGCAUCAUGGGCGUGCGCGCGCUAGGCGAGACCGACCUGAACCCGGUGUCGGGCAUCAGCAAGCUGGCCCAACUGUUCUUUGCGUUCAUCAUCCCGCAGUCGAACAAGUCGAGCGUGCUGAUCAACCUGGUGGCGGGCGCGGUAUCGGAGGCUGGGGCCUUGCAGGCGGGGGAUAUGAUGCAGGACUUGAAGACGGGCCAUUUGCUUGGGGCUGCGCCGAAAGCGCAGUUUUGGGGGCAAGUUAUUGGGGCCACGGUUGGCGCGGUCGUGAGCGCGUUUAUCUACCGGAUGUAUACUGCCGUCUACCAAAUCCCCGGCGACCUCUUCCAAGUCCCCACCGGCUACGUCUGGAUCUUCACCGCCCGCCUCGUCACCGGCCAAGGGCUCCCACCCAUGGCCAAGGAAUGGGCUCUCGGCGCGGCCGUCCUCUUCGCCGUCACCACUGCUGUGCGCACGCAGACGGCUGCCUCCAAGAGCCGCUGGCAUUCGUUGAUUCCCGGUGGGAUUGCAGUUGCUGUGGGCAUGUAUAAUGUGCCGUCGUUUACGUUGGCGAGGACGGUGGGCGGAGUGUUGAGUUGGUGGUGGAGGGAGAGGAGGGGGUGGGGGGGGACGCCGUUGAUUGUUUUGGCUUCGGGCUUCAUUCUGGGCGAGGGCUUUUUGAGUAUUGUCUGCUUGAUCAUGGAGAGCGUUGGCGUUCCGCAUCUGUCGUAG